UGAAGAGGAGCCGCGGGCAGCGGGACUACCUCAGUCUUUCUCAGCUUUGCACAGGAAUAAAUCUGCUCGGAUCUCUUUAAAUACUUUCACUGUGGAGACAGCUUAAAGUGGCUGGGGUUUUUGAGACGUUAAGAUAAAUAAGUUUGAAAGCUUGAGUUUCUGGCUUUUGGGGGGUGAGAAACUGAUUUACCUCCUGCUUGAUGACUUUUCCAGCGUGCAGCCGUGAAUGCUGUCCGGGAAGAGCUUAGCAGCAACACCGCGGGACUUUGCAACUAAAUAAUUGAAAAAAAGAAGAAGAAUACGAGGAACUACAUACUGGAAGUAAUCUUCUUUCGUAACCUGCCUCUUACUCGCUGGGAUUUUGCAACUUUUAACUAGAAAUGGUUGGCAGUUUGAACUUGCCAAAUGUAUGUGAAGGAGAUCCUCUGGAUAUGAGUUGCAGGGCUGAAAGAGGACUUGAUAGCCCGGACUCUGGCUUACCUCCGAGUCCGAGCCCCAGCGCCUGGCUGCUGCCUGUGGCCGCAGAGAAAGCCGGUGGAGUGAACUCUGUGUCCGAAGACGAGGGAAGGGCUUGCCUGGUUCCAGCUUUACCUGCUGGAUCUUUCCCACAGCUACACCCGCUGUCCUUUGGGGAAGGCAUAGCACUUGAUCCAUUACCACCAAAGGAAAUGAGAUACACCUCUUCAGUGCACUAUGACUCAGACCGCCACUUCAUCCAGGAUGUUACCCUGGAGCCGUUGGGCCAAGGCCUUGAACACUGCAGGCAGACCAUCAUGGCUAUGUCCAACAGCACCUGGCGCCACUACAUGACACAGCUGGAGUUUCAGCCUCGCCACCGUGCCCAGCGGUUCAAGAGCACCACCAUCAUCUACCCCAAGAAAGCCAGCACUGUCUAUACCACAGAGCUGAGCUACGACUGUCACCGACUGUCCAGGCGUUUCCUCUCCAGCGUAGAGCUGGAUGUGGCGGGCCACGGAAAGUUACCUCAGUGAGAGUGGAAUUGGGGGGGGCAGAUGGCCGGGGACAUUCUCUUGGCCCCUAAACUGGUGCUCCCUAAAGGCUAGCCACCACUGACCUGCUGUCUUGUCUUUUUUAGCACUUAUGUAGUCUCCUAUCCUUUUAAGAACUCAUCCCAAGCUGUGGGCAGGAAGUAUAUGUGACAUGUUACGGAGAACAAAGGAGGUAAGACAUGGUUUGAACGGAUUUAAUCUUCAGUCCAUGUCUUGACAUGUUUAUAUCCUUGCCGCUGAAUGAAAGUCUCCUCUGGCAUGGGUAUUAUUUUGAAUGCUUCAGGUUGUAGCUGGUUAAAAUGUUUCCAGAGUUAUGAUGAUGCAUUGUUUUUAUCAGCUGUAAAAAUGACUAAUAUGGACCAAAAUGAGGACAAUGCAUAUUUUGCUCUCAGCAAAACUCUCCCUGUGUUGCAUUAAGCUGGUCAAGCAUGAACAGUGACUUCUUUUAAAACAGAUUUAAAAGCAAACAGGCCUCCCUCAGUUCAUGUAGUUUGCUGUAAUCAAAGAGUGGAGCACCUUUAACACUGCUGAGGGUGUUCAAGGAGUGGAAGAGCAGUUAAAUACUUUGUAUUUAAUAUAAAAAAAAAAAAUUCUAAGAAAUCACUAACUUAUCCACACUGUACAAAUUGUUAUGUGUUUUGUUUGUUCACAAGGGGUUUUUCUUUUAUUUGUGCACAGCACACAGCUUAAGCUCUUCAAACCUUCCCUCUAGCCACUGUUAAUGGCUGCAGUUAAUUUUCUAUUAUGUAAAUGUUGAUAGAUUAAGGCUGUUCAUAAUCAUGUGUAAGCUUAAACUGAUUAAACAGGUAGUAUAGAUGAAUCAUGAGUGUGGAGUUUACUGAGAGGAUGCUUGGUUGGAAUACUUUACUAGCUUACUGGUCAAAGUAACGAGCUGCAUUUCCCUGCUAUACCUUUUAGUUGUGACUUGAUUUGAACUUGUAUUUAUUCUGUUGAUGUUUUAGAUCUGAGAUUUUUAUCAGCUGAUUAAAUGAAUCUCGGUAAAUGUGGCGGUUUUUUUUUUUUUUUUUUUUUUU